UGUCUCGUGUCUUGAAAAUAGAAAUUUUUAACUAUUUGAAUAUAUAGAUUAAAAUUAAUUAAUUACAUCUUAUAUAUUCACAUUCAUAUAAUAUGUUGAAAGUUAUAAGAAAAACCCCGACCUUCGUUAUAAACGUGCAAUCAAGAAUAAAGUUACCAGAAAAGUUAAAAGGAACUAUAGUUGAAAAAUGGGCGAAUUAUUGGAAAAAUUUAGUUAUAGAUUAUCGUCAAAUGUUUCAAGACUUACGUACGGACAUUCAAGAAGAUCCAAGGAAAGCUCUAAUUUGGACUACCGGUAUAGCGACACUAUAUGCACUAGCUAAAAAUAAUCCUAGCGAAAUAGAUUUCAAAGACAACUUGAGGAGGAUCACAAACAAUGUAAUCUUAGUAAGCGAAGAAUGUAGAAAUCCAAAAUCUGUUGAACACUUACAUUACAUACAAAGAUGUUACAAUGAAGAUGUGAUCCACUACGGAACACUUGGAAUUGUAUCUUUCAUGUAUACUUCAGAACUUAAUGAUUCUUGUGACUUGUACAAGGCUCACUGUUCCUACUUAAAACCGUCAUAUUUUAGCAUUUUUUCACGAAUAGUUGAUGUAGGAUUCAUGGGAAAAUGGUGGAAUACUUAUAUAAAGACAACAAACUAUGAUGUGAAUGUUUGAAACCACAUCAUUAUAUAUAAAUUAAUUGGAUUAAAUCAAUGUAGUAGUUAACAUUAUCUCUUUUCAAUCAUUAUUUUGAAGAGGGCAUUGUUACCAUCACAAUGUAAACAAAUAAAACUAGGAUUUUUUUGUAAAA